AUGGAGGUCAAUCAGGAGACCUCUGUCUUCCUGGUGAAGAUCUUGGAGGAGCUGGACAGCAAGCAAAACACGGUUUCCUAUCAGGACCUGUGCAAAUCACUGUGCGCGCGGUUCGAUCUGUCGCAGCUGGCCAAGCUGAGGAGCGUGCUCUUCUACACGGCUUGUCUCGAUCCCAACUUCCCAGCCACGCUGUUCAAAGACAAGAUGAAAUGCAACGUGAACAACCAGCAGUCCAAGAAGAUCAUGGUGGCGGCCGACAUCGUGACCAUUUUCAACCUGAUCCAGAUGAACGGGGGCGUGGCCAAAGAGAAGCUACCUGCUGGGCGCCAGAAAAUGCGCAAGAAGGAAGCCUCCUUUGAGUCCUGCCGCUCCGACACGGAGAUCACGGAGAUCUGCUCUGCCGCGGACUGCGAGUCACUCAACUGUGAGCUUAAUGACAGGCCUUUCAGCCGGGGCUACCCCACCAGGCAAUCCUCCAAGAGCCGCAAAAUGGACUGCAAGGACUGCCCGCAGUUCGUCCCCGCCUCUGAGCCCAACUUCUUGCUAGGGGUUAGCAAGGAGGGCAAGAGCCGAGCUGCCUCUCUGGACCGGCUGCAGGCCCUGGCCCCCUAUUCUGUGGCUAGCCCUCGGCCCUGUGAGAUGCAGCGGACCUACUUUCCCAUGAACCUCGAGAGCGAGUCCAUCUCCGACCAGGACUCGCUAUCUCUCAGCCAGGGUCUCAAGGAGACCUUCCUCUCCAACGAGGAGCCCUUUGUGGUCCAGUCCUGCGUGCAGAAGAGGAACAUCUUCAAGCAGGACUUUCACAACCUUAUGCCUGUCUCCCCUAGCUUGGUGGGCCCCCCUGGCAAAGUAGAUGGGGAAUGUGGGGAGCCCCAGAACCGGAAGGAGCCUCACAAACCCCCCUUCUUCAAUCACAGCUUUGAAAUGCCCUACAACAGCCAGUACCUUAAUCCGGUGUAUUCCCCUAUACCCGACAAGAGGAGAGUUAAGCAUGAAAGCCUGGACGAUCUUCAAGCCUCCACCUAUUUUGGACCUACACCAGUGAUGGGAGUCCAAGAAGCCCGGCGCUGCCCAGGGCGGCCCAGCAAACAGACCCCAUGGCCAGCCAAAAGCUGGAGCCUCAACACGGAGGAAGUGCCCGACUUUGAGCGGUCUUUCUUCAAUAGGAAUCCCUCCGGGGAAGAGAAGCUUCGCUACCCCAGUUCCGGCAGCCAGAGCCCUGCUUUCCCAGCCCCAGACAGACGCCCAGCUUACCUGGUGCCCAAGGACCAGCCGCCCAUUCUCCAGGUUGGCUAUGCAGCCAAACCCAACGGGCUCAAAGCUAAAGAGAUCCCGUCCCCCGUCGACCUGGAGAAGCAUGAGCCAGUCAAGAAGUUCAAAGACAAGAGCAUUGGCUGCACCAGUGGGCAGCUCAGCUCAGACACCAGUAGCGUGGGCACCCAGACCGAACAGCAGGUCCUGGAGUCCAAGAAAGGCAAAGACUUGUGCACCUCUGGGCAAGGCAAGUACGGUGACAGGCAUGCCCUGAAGCACUCCGACGACGACUCGGAGGUCGUCAGCGAUGACAUCAGCGACAUUUUCCGUUUUCUCGACGACAUGAGCGUCAGUGGGUCCACGGGAGUGAUGCACUCGUCCUGCUACAAUAGCACCGGAUCCCUGUCCCAGCUGCCCAAGUCAGACUGUGACAGCUCUCCUGAGCACCACCUCCCCAAACUUGCCAAUGGGUUCCCUGGCAGCAAGGGAGACAAGGUCAACCGACCAGAGCGCCUCCAGCCCUCAGAGGAGGAGCUGAAAACCAGUGUGUGCAAAUUGGUGCUGCGCAUUGGUGAGAUCGAGCGGAAGCUGGAGUCGCUGUCUGGAGUGCGUGAGGAAAUCUCCCAGGUCUUGGGCAAACUCAACAAACUGGACCAGAAGAUGCAACAGCCCGAGAAGGUGAACGUACAGAUGGAUCUGAACUCCCUGACAAGUGAGGCUCCGUCCGACGACACAGCCUCCCCACGUGUGUUCCGGGCGCACGAGAGCUCCCACACAGCCCCGUUGGAAAACAACCCAGAGUGGUGUUGUUCAGAUGCCAGUGGAAGCAACAGUGAGAGCUUACGCGUCCAAGCCCUGAAGAAAAGCCUCUUUACCCGUCCGUCCUCCAGGUCCCUGACUGAGGAGAACAGCGCUACAGAAUCCAAGAUUGCCAGCAUCUCCAACUCGCCCAGAGACUGGCGCACCAUCACCUAUUCCAGCCGCGGAGGCCUCAGCGGGGAGGAAAUGAAAGACGCAGGACCAGCAGUGGAAAGUAAGGACUGGCAUCGGAAACCCAAAGAGGCUUCGCAGCACCGCCUACCCAAGCAGCCCAAAGACGGCAGCUUCCUGGUGGAGCAGGUGUUCAGCCCUCACCCCUACCCCGCCUCCCUCAAGGCCCACAUGAAGAGCAACCCUUUGUACACUGACAUGCGGCUUACGGAGCUGGCUGAGGUGAAGCGGGGCCAGCCCUCCUGGACCAUCGAGGAGUACACACGGAAUGCAGGCGACAAGGGCAAGCUGACGGCCCUCGACCUCCAGACACAAGAAUCUUUGAACCCAAACAACCUCGAGUACUGGAUGGAAGAUAUUUAUACUCCAGGCUACGACUCGUUAUUAAAGAGGAAGGAAGCUGAAUUCCGACGAGCCAAGGUGUGCAAGAUAGCGGCUCUGAUUGCUGCCGCUGCAUGCACUGUCAUCUUGGUCAUUGUGGUCCCCAUCUGUACCAUGAAAUCUUGAGGCCACGGACGCCCCAGUCACACACGGCUCAUGGCGACCCACG